CCCGUGCCCAGCUGGGACCUAUCGCCUGUCGCCGGAUCGGGACAGUCGCGUGGUGGCGCGACCAGCCGCCCAGGUUGAGAAAUCUGGUUUCCUGAAGGAACCGGGCCAGCCAGUUUUGGUUUUCAUGAUGUUAAGGACUGUGUCCUCCUGGAUCUUGAACUGUGCGAGAAAUGGCAUCAUCACCACUUUGCGAGGGAGAGGGUGCGGGUAUUCGCACUACAUCCAAAACAGGAAUAAGAUGAAAUGGACGAGUCUCUCACAGGGGCCACUGGCCUCGCGGGCCGGCAACGGUGGCCCCGGCGCGGGCUUGACACUGGUGAGGACCCGACGGCACACCUCCACGGAGGAAGAGUUUCACUUCCAGCUGUCCCCAGCCCAAGUGGACGACGUCCUGCGGGCUGGUGAAUUGUCCCAUAAGGUCCUCGAGUGUGACGGGAGAAAUCCCAGCCAUGCCGUGCUGAGGUUCGAAAGCAACCAGUUGGCCGCCAACACGCCAAACGAGGAUCGCAGGAGUGCGGCCACCUGCCUGCAGACAAGGGGGAUGAUGUUCGGCAUCUUUGAUGGGCACGCAGGCCCCGCCUGUGCCCAGGUGGUGAGCGAGCGGCUCUUUUACUAUGUUGCGGUCUCACUGAUGCCCCACCGGACCCUGGAAGAGAUGGAGCACGCCCUGGAGUGCAUGAAGCCGGUACUGCCCAUCCUGCAGUGGCACAAGCAUGCGGGUGACUCCGUUUCCCAGAUGGUGGCCUCCCUGCACUCUGACCACCUCCGCGUGUACUGGCAAGAACUGCUGGAGCUGCAGGCGGAGACGGGGCUCAGCAUCGAGGAAGCCCUGAGGCACUCUUUCCAGCGACUUGACUACGACAUCUCGCUGGAGGUCCAGGCCCCUGUGGAGGAUGAGCUGACGCGGAACCUGGCCCUGCAGGUGGCUUUCUCCGGGACCACCGCAUGCGUGGCCCAUGUGGACGGCCUCCAUCUUCACGUGGCCAAUGCCGGGGACUGCCGAGCGGUCCUGGGGGUUCGGGAGGAAAGCGGGGCCUGGUCGUGCCUCCCCCUGACCCGGGACCACAACGCCUCGAACCGGGCCGAGCUGUCGCGGCUGAAGAAGGAGCACCCGGCAUCUGAGGAACGGACCGUGGUCGUGGAUGGCCGGCUACUGGGAGUCCUUAUGCCCUCCCGGGCUUUCGGCGACGUCCGCUUCAAGUGGAGCAGGGAGCUGCAGCGGAGCAUCCUGGAUAGGGGCUUCGACGUCAAGGCGCUCAACAUCUACCAGUACAACCCCCCGAACCUCCUCACCCCACCGUACCUGACAGCUGAGCCGGAGGUCACUUACCACCGCUUGCGGCGCCAGGAUAAGUUUCUCGUCCUGGCCUCUGAUGGUCUCUGGGACCUGCUGGCCAACGAAGAGGUGGUGAAGCUCGUGGCCGGGCACCUGGGAGAGGCUGGUUCCCACGAGGUGGAGCCGCCCAUCGGCCGGACACCGGACCUACUGCGCCGGAGGAAGGCUGGGCUGCUGCCUCCCCGUGACCGGAACGCCGCCACCCACCUGAUCCGCCACGCCCUUGGCAGCAAUGGGAGCGGGGAGCUCGACCGGGAGAGGCUGGUGGCCAUGCUGACUCUGCCCGAAGACCUGGCCCGCAUGUAUCGAGAUGAUGUCACCGUGACCGUGGUCUAUUUCAACUCUGAAACCGUUGACCUCUACAACCGAGAGAACCAGUAGCUCCAUUUGGGACCAAGGGCACUCUCUUGUGCCCUGGUCAUCGAGCUGCGAAUGAGAACCGAACUUUCUCUGUUUGUAGAGGGUGGGCCUUACCACAUAGGAUCGGUAGAUAGAGAGACCUUUGGGAAGCUUCGCCACCCACUGGGGUUCUGGCCCACCUUGUCCCCUCCUCCCUCCCACCCCCGGGGAGGGAUUGGAACCAGAGAAAAGUCCCCGAUGAAGCCGGUGGACUAGGCUGAGCCACCGUGGAAAUGACUCCUUCGGGGUUCCGGGCCUCGGUGGGGGAGCUCGGAGCUAAGGAGCAGAUCCUGACUUGUGACUAGGAGAGACCCCUUGGGUUGCAUUUUCAGCUUUUGCUGAAAACCUCUGGCCACCUUCAAGCUUGCUGGUAGGUCUGGGCAUUCUUCUCCUUUCCCGGGGGAAGGUUGAGCUUCCCUUUCAGCCAAGAGUUGGAAUCUAGAAGCCUCGAAAUGGCCUCCCACCACUUCUGGCCAUGGGCAGAGCGGGCCUACUGGUUUAGGGGGACCCUAGGUUCCAGCUUGGGUGUGAUGUGCAAUCACGUUGAACACUCAAAGGAAGGCCCCUAAAAAAGUGCUAGAAUUCCAGAGGAAAGUGGAGCGUGGACUGCUGGAGGUGGUUCGUGGCCACUUAAAUUGCCCCACUGGCAACUCACUGAACAUUGAGUUACAAGCCGCUGUUUUCCACUGAAGUAGGUUCUGUUGAGCUUAGCUGGGACUUUUCUUCUAUGGCCAACAAACUCUGGUGAGAUUCUAUGUGCCUUGGGACUGGUGGACAUGGAUGUUGCAAGUUCUCUGACUUACACUUGAAGCGGGGCGGCUCUGCCUCCAAUCUCAAAAAAACUUUUUCUUAGGUGGGGGUGUAGUGUGAAGUUUAACAGUGUGUGUGCGUGCACACUUUUCCCUGCCUCCCGUGGUCGAGGGGGCACCUCCAGGCUUCGGGCUUGUGUACCACCAUCCCCGGACACAAGAAAAGGAAGCCCCAGCCACUUCUUCCUACCCUACUGUCAAGAUUGACCUUGUUGGGUUUGGCUUUUGUGCCUUCUCUCCAUCAUCCCACUGCCAUUGCUGCUGGGAAGUGGGAAUGGGGAAGCCACUGCUUACUGAAGGGGAGGGCCACUUGUCAUGGGGAGAGUCGGUUAGGACACUAGCCCGGGGCUGAGGUGCUGUCGGUUUGGGCUGCCCCCUCACUCGGCCGGACACUGUGAACGCCUUUUCUUCUGCCAGCCCCUCUUCCGGUUUGCCCUUUGUGCUGGCCCUGAGCCAUGUCUGCUCAUCAUUCCAGUAACCCAUCCAGGGGUGCUAGCUCCAUUUUGCCAGGCAGAUAAAUCCUGGCCUCAGUGUCCAGGGGAAGCCGCGGGCUGGCCGUUGCUUGGAGGCACUCUUUGACCCUGGCCUCACUGGCCCUUAAAGAGAUUCUCUUCCAAGCGCUGCCUCUGUCCCUUUACCUUUCUGAAGGGAAAAGCCAAACAGCCUACUGCCGGGCUUUCGAGUUGGUGGCCCUGCUAGCGCCGACAGGGCUGCUUAGGUUAGGGCCUGAGGAGGAGAGGCGCCCUAGACUCCCGAAUUUCGGUAGAGAUGAGUGCCCGCCUCUUUGGACAGAUUGAGCUUGGAGUUUUGCUGCUUCAGCGCCUACCUGAGUGGUAAAUGCCCAACUGGUGAUUCAUAGUGGACUGCAGCGCUGUAGGUAAUCUGGACUGAUGGAUGCAUUUGAGCGGCCAAGUCAUGGAGAAAACUAGUAUCACAAUGGAAAUUUCUUGAAAACAGUAUCAGUUAUUUUCUCCCCGAGAGGUAAAAAUCUCCUCGCUCAAAUUGCCUCGCUCAAGGCGUGGCUUAGGAGCUUUUAUGCGAAUGUUCCAUCUUCCAUGUAGCACCGGCAGGGCGGCGGGUGAGACCGGGCAAGUCCUCGGUCCUGAGGUGCCAGACGAUCCGGCUCCUGGAACCGUGGUCGCAACGGACAGUUCAGUCCGGGUUUAUAUGAACGUGGCAGAUGAAGUUGCUCAGUCUCCAUCACUUUCCAGGAAGCGUUUACUGCCACAUCUCCUUGAAGAGAUGGCGAUGUUUUUCUCCUGUGUACUCUUCCUGGCUGCAGACUAUCUCAGUUAAGGCUGUAGGGUGGGAUUUGGGAAACUUUGAGGCGAAAGUCAUAGCAUUUAAGAGUACCUUCAAAGUCUGCUGAUGGUAAAAUUAGAUUGGGAGAUCGCUAUUCCAUUUUGUGGUGUCAUAAAGUGUGUGCCGCAGCAAGUUUGGUCCCACUCACUGAUAACUUGUUUCACGGCUCCCAGAACAGUGCCUUUACUUCCUGGAGCAAUUAUCGGCAUGUCUCUGGACUUGGCCUAGAGAUCUGAGACGCCUUGUCAGGGUGGGAGGCUUUUUAAAGGGACUUUGCUUAGCCUGACACUUCAGGCAGAACUUACUUGCUGACCUGACCAAUGGGAAUCAUUCUUUUGCCGCA